GUGCCACUGUGGCCUAAAUGAAUCAUACAACGAGAUGAUAAUACUAGGCAUCAUCAACUGACUGCAGUUGGGUAAAGGUUGAGUAUAAAUAAUGGCAUUGGUCUUUCCAUCACAUCAUUCCAUCCCAUCAUUGCAACAUCGCAUCCGUUCAUCGUAUCUCUUGUCUCGACCAACUCUAUCCUGAUACCUUCACCACAAUACAACACAACGUUGAUUGAUAAAUCCCACCCGCCACACCGCCAACAUGCGUUUCCAGAUCGUCUUCGCCAUACUCGCCACCUAUGUCGCCACUGCCAUGGCGGGUGCUUGCGAGGACUGCCAGCGAACCUGUCCCAGGCCCAGCGAGGACGAGUGCAACGCGCUUUGCGCCCCGAUUUGCAACGCUUAAAAAGCUAUCACUUGACGACUAUGUUUCUAUCAGAUUUUGCUUAGUUAGACGAGGACAGCCGCUGGCUUCUUCAACGGCUAUUCCAAUAGAAAACAAAAUGAAAAUGAAAAAUCCUACAAAGAG